AUGAGCCAAUCUGAGCAUUUUGACGAAGAAGAAGAGCUGACGCUCUCGAUUUCUCCGUCGGCGAGACCAAGGCGAGUGAUCAAAAACACGAAUUCCAAACGAUUCACUGAAGAAGAGGACGCGAAGAUUGUGAAGUUCCUCGCCGAAAAAGCGGCGACGGCAACGGAAACGCUUCCGAAAAUGGCGAUGUGCGAGGAGUUUGUCAAGCUGACGGCAUCUCAGAGAAAGGCGACAGGAAUUAACAACAGGUGAGGAGGGAGUAUAUGAUGCAUUCCAACAAAAACUUCAGAUUCCUCCACAUCGGCCCGAAAAUCCAGAAAACGGAGCAUUUGGACACGGAAACCAAAGUGCGCAUUUUGUUCGCGUGGGGAUUUCCAGUCGACAAACACUUUCUGGAGCAUCUCCGAACGGAAGCCGAAGUGAACGUGGACGUCAAAAAUAGAAUCACACUGUUCAAGGGAAACGGGCUGGAGCUGCCGAGUGGAGAGCACGCGAGAAAGAGACCGGGGCGAAAAGCGACGGUGUUCACUGCGGAGGAAGACGCGGCGAUACUGAAGUUCGUCGCCGAUCGCGCGGAUCUCUUUCUCGAGGGAACGAUGACGGUGAAGGCAAUCUGGAACAAUUGCAAGACGGAGUGCUAUUCGACGCGACAAUGGCACGCUCUCUACGGAAGGUUUGACGCAGAAUACACAGUCCUUUAGAAAUAUUACUCAAUUUCCAGAUUCCGUGGCUCAAUCGCUCCGGUAAUGCAUCUGAGAGAGGACAUUGACACGGUGACAAAAGUGAAAAUAUUGUUCGCCACCCGAAUAUCGGUUGAUCCGAAGUUUCUGGAGAAGCUGAGAGCGGAGGCGUCGGUGAAAACGGACCCGAGAGGACGAAUAAUCGAGUACAAAGGCAACGACGGUCUCGAUCUCAAUAUGAGCUACAGAACUCAGGAUAUACGUCGGAAAAGGGCCGCCGCGACGGCUCUCAGUGCUCCAGAGCCUCCGAUCGCGGAGCCUCCGAUCCGUGUGAUCAAGCGUGAACCGUCUCCCGAUCUGGAGAAGUUUCAGGAGAAUGAGAACAAGAGCAUCGUCCGAAAUGUCAAGACGGAGGGGGAAGAGACUCCCGACCUAUUCGUGCUCAAACACUUGGAACGCCGUCGUCGCUCGACUUCUUUGACUCCGAACAUCGACGUGAGCGGACUCGUGAUCCAUUUGCUCAACUUCUUCAAAACGCAAAAUUCUCUGGACCAGAAUCAGCAAAAAAAGAACAAAAAGGAGUUGCUCAAGAAGAUCCGCGUAAUCUUGAACGGAACCGAAGAUCCGGAGCUCGCCAUGUUGGCGCAACAAGUCGACGAAAUGGUGGAGAGAGGAUUAUUCUAGACUCGAUUUUAACCAGAUACUGUUGAAUUUGAAUUGUCUGUUUGGUAGACUUGUUAAAUUUGUUCUCGCUUUGUUAAUUCUAUCGUUGAAAUUGCUGAAAACGCCCUUUUCUGCACAAAUCCAGGUUAUUUGACCCAUAACUGAUACUGCUUUUUUUUCUAAAAGUAUUAAAAUUGGUCUGUGUUGUUUAGAUGGAGUUCACAUCUGAAGAAGAUACCGAUAUUUGCAAAUAUCUGGCCGAAAGGGCCGUCGAAGCAACGGCCCGCUUUUCGAUGAACACUUUCUGGCAGGAGUACGUGGAUUCCGGACGAACCAAUCGCACUAACGAAGAGAUUUCACAGCGGUCAGUGAAAGAAAAGCCAACACGACUAUUCCAAUGGAAUAUGUUCAGAUUCCAGGCUCACCUGGCGGGAAAUAUUCACGGAAUGAACGAAUUCGAUGUGCCGACGAGAGCGAUGAUGCUGUUCGCCACGAGAACGCCCGUUUCCGGCGCAUUCGCCACCUUAGUUGAGGAGGAGAAAAUUCUGAAUAUUCUCGCCGAAAAAUGCACGUUUUGGACGCGCCCGGUGACGUUGAAAAAGCUGUGGAGAGAGUUCCAGUCUCGCUAUAACUCCAUGAAAGCGUUUGCGAUUUUUCAAAACGAGUUCAAGCACAACGUGGCUCCGAAAAUUGAGAACUCGGCGCGAAUUGGUUUGGAGACGCGCGCGCGAAUGUUGUACGUGACAAGGACGUCGAUCAGCAGACGGUUCAUGGAGGAGGUGAAUCGAGAAAGCGACGUCGAAGUGAUCGUGAACAAUCGCAUGAGAAUUAUAAUGAUCAGGACGAGGGACGAGGAAGAAAAUGAGAACCGGAGCGAAUCGAACGGGAUGGAUUCCAUGGAAGACUCUGUGACGGACGAUAUCUACGACGGACCGACAAUUCAGGAGGCGCUCGAGAAGAUUGUGCUGGGAGAAACGGACGAAAAAGAGGUGCACGUGGAAUGGCCGGACGACAUACUCAACUCGGAGCUCCUCAACGAAGAAUACCGCUGGCUUUCCGCCGAACUCGUCGACUAG